AUGGCUCUCUUCUUUUCUUCUAAAAACAACCCAGCAUUUCUCAUUCUCUUCUUUUUAUCAUCUCUCCUCUUUCUCACUACCCAACAAUGCAACCAUCAUCACUUCUCUGCUUUACUCCACCUCAAGCAUCGUUUUAACUUCAUUGAUGAUUACACCCUCUCUACUCUCCCCUCUUGGAAUUCAAACAAUACCGAUUGCUGCUCUUGGGAACGCAUCACGUGCGAUGGACCCACUGGUCACGUGAUCAGCCUCGACCUCAGUGUCCUUUGGAUCAGGGGUCGGAUUGAUUUCGAAAGCCUCUUUCGCCUUCGAAGCCUGCAGAAGCUCAACCUCGCUUACAAUGAUUUUGAUGGCUCUCCAAUCCCAUCUGGGUUUGACCAGCUCACCAGUUUGACCCAUCUCAACCUCUCUUGGUUAUCCUUUUAUGGCCAAAUCCCACUGGAAAUCUCCCGCUUGACCUCUUUGGUUUCUCUCGAUCUUUCUCGCAGUCAAUAUUGGAAUGGUUCUGGAUUUCAAUACCUGAAACUCGAAAACCCAAGCAUUGGAGCAGUCGUCCAAAACCUGUCCAAUCUGAGUGAACUCUAUCUGGACUGGCUCCAUUUCUUAUCUAAACUCGAUCUCAGUCGAAACAAUCUCUCCUCUGCAGUGCCCAGCUUCCCACUCCAUUUCUUAUCUGAACUUGACCUCAGUGGAAACAAUCUCUCCUCUGCAGUGCCCAGCUUCCCAGGGAGUCUCCGCAAGUUGAGCUUAAUAGAUUUGCCCAAUUUCAUAGGGAACUUAUCCACAUUGACGUCCCUGCUCCUUAAAGAUUGUGGAUUGCAUGGAAAAUUCCCUGAGAGUGUUUUCCAGCUGCCAAAUCUACAAAUCAUUGACAUAUCAGGCAAUCCACUUGUAGCUAUCAAUUUGCCGGAGUUCCCUCAAAACAAUACUCUACAGCAAUUGAUCCUUUCAUACACUGGAUUAUCAGGAAAGUUACCAGAUUCUCUCAGUAAUCUCAAAUUCUUGACUCAUUUAGGCCUCAGCAAUUGCAACUUGUCAGGAUCAUUACCAUCCUCACUUUGGAACCUUACCAAACUGCAAUAUCUGUCUCUUUCAUCGAAUAAAUUGAGCGGCCCAAUUCCUUCUUCAUAUGGAAACGAGCUUCUGAAUCUCAAAGUGAUCAACUUAUGGAAUAAUUUGCUUAAUGGGACCAUUCCAUCAUCAUUGCUUUCACUUCCAUCAUUACAAAGGUUGGAUCUGGGAGGUAACCAACUUAGCGGUCAACUUGGCGAGUUCCACUCUUCUUCACAGCUGGAGAAUCUCUAUUUGGAUAGCAAUAAAUUUCAGGGGAUGAUACCCAGAUUUAUCUUUCAACUUACCAACCUUCGAGAACUUUACCUUUCUUCCAAUGAUUUCAGUGGUGUUGUGGAGCUAGGCUUAUUUCAAAACCUCAAAAACCUUUACUCUCUGGAUCUUUCAGAUAACAACUUGUCAGUCCAAUAUGGCAGUGGUAAUUCCACAUUUGUUUCCAUCCCCCAGUUUGGAUCUUGGCUGUUACGUUCUUGCAACAUCUGCACAUUUCCAAAUUUCUUGAGAAAUCAAGAGCAGUUGAGGCAAUUAAACCUUUCCAACAAUAAAAUUAGUGGUGAAAUACCCAAAUGGAUAUGGGAGGUUGGCAAUGGGUCUUUAAACUCUUUAAAUCUUUCUCACAAUGUUCUGUGGGGAGUAGAACCAUCUCCCCAUCUUUCGUUGAGUUACUUAAGUGUUCUAGACAUUAGCUCCAACAAGCUAGAAGGCUCACUUCCUAUCCCACCACCUUCCAUCUUUUUCUUUUCAGUUUCAAACAAUAACCUUGGUGGUGAAAUCCCUCGAUCAAUUUGCAAUGCAACAUCCCUAACAGUCCUUGAUUUAUCUCAAAAUCACUUCAUUGGUCAGAUUCCACCAUGUUUGGGUGAGAUUGGUGGUACCCUUAGCGUGUUGAAUCUUCAAGGAAAUGCUUUCAAUGGCACCUUACUUCAGACAUUUAAAGAGGGAUGUAACAUACAAACGCUUGAUCUCAGUGAAAAUCAAUUGAAGGGCCAAGUGCCAAAGUCUUUGGCCAAUUGCAAAAUGUUGGAGGUAUUAAACCUUGGAAAAAAUCAAAUACAUGACACCUUCCCUUUAUGGUUGGAAGCUUUGUCCCAGUUGCGUGUUCUCGUCUUGAGAUCCAACCAAUUUCAUGGCACCAUUGGGCAUCCUCAAGCUUUUCCACUGUUACAAAUUUUCGACCUCUCUUUCAAUAGCUUUGAGGGUAAUUUGCCAUCAAAUAUGUUCAAGAGUUGGAAGGCAAUGAUAGAAGAGGACAAAUCCCAAUCUUUGGUCCUUGGCAAAAUGAUAGACGAUAACAGAAGUUCCAUAUACUAUCAAAACAAAGUGUCUAUAGUCAGCAAAGGGCUACAGAUGAAACUAGUAAAGAUCCUUACGGCCUUUACUGUAGUGGAUCUCUCGGAAAACAAAUUUCAUGGGGAUAUCCCAGAAUCAAUUGGGGAUCUAAAGUCACUCCUUGUGCUCAAUAUGUCCAACAAUGAUUUAACCGGUGGAAUUCCAACAUCGUUUCAGAAUCUAAGGGAUCUAGAGUCAUUAGAUCUCUCACAUAAUAAAUUGUCUGGAGAGAUCCCUUGGCAGCUAACAGAGCUAACAUUCCUUGAAGUGUUGAAUCUCUCACAAAAUUUUCUCGUAGGAAAAAUACCACAAAGCCAACAGUUUCUUACAUUUAACAGCGAAUCAUUCAAAGAGAACUUAGGAUUGUGUGGACCUCCACUAUCAAAGAAAUGCGAAGAUGCAGAGAGUGCACCACCGUCCGCUCUGUCAACAUUGCAAUCUGAAAGGAAAUAUGAUUGGGAAUUAAUGUGGAUAGGAUUUGGAGUUGGACAUGGAGUAGGUGUAGGGAUGCUUUUCUGGACCCUAGCACUUUGGAGGAAGGGAAGGAGAGAAUUCUAUAUAUUUAUUGAUAGAAUGUUUUUCUUAAUUUUUCCUUCCAUGGUGUUUCCUAAAUAG